AGAUUGUACAACUGCUACAGCGCCCCGUUGUUCUCUGUGUGGAUGGUGGCUACAAAGGAGGCAGGCAGCGGCGCACAAGUCCCGCCUGUAUUUCCCUCUGGAGGAGUCUCAGUGUCGGAGCUCCCGACUGGGGAUUGGAGCGGCGGCUUGUCAGUAACUGAGCCCACCCUUCACACAGUGUGUAUGAGGGAAACCGAGCCAGACAGUGACGGAUCUGAUCUUCCACUCAUCAGCUGCCUGUCACACCAGCACGCCACGAUACCGACCCCGGAGACUUUCGCCUUCCGCCGCCGCGCUGUGACACCUGGCCGGGAUGGAGGGAGAGAUGCAGCCCGCAGAUGAAGGGCCCUGCGCCCCGAAGAUGUGCCGACAACAACGGGGUCCGUACAGCACCCUGAAAAUCUUCCAGAGCAAGCGCUCGGCGGGCAAGUCGCGCUUUGACAGGUCGGCUGUGGUCGAGGUGCCUCUGUUUGGUGACGGACACCACUUCACUUUCCAUCCCGAGCAGCCUCAUCAUUUCCAGCCGCACCAUCACCACCACCACCACCAGCAGCGUCUGCAGCAGCAGCAGCUCCACCAAACCAGCGUCGCUAUCAGCAGCAGCCAGCAGCAGCAUCACCCGACGCCCCAGCAGCAGCAGCAGCAGCAGCAGCAGCAGGAUCGUUUCCCAUGUGAGAACAGGCCCAGCAGCAGGGUCCCGACAUCCACCUCAGCGGCGGCGGCAGCAUCUCCCGGUACCCAGCAGAGGCGCGCCAGCAGCGGCAGAGCGGAGCCCAGAUUCUCCCCAGACUGCACCUACGGGAUCAGCUCAGAGAAUCGUCUCAUCCUGGAUGCCUUCGCCCAGCAGUGUAGCAGAGUCCUCAGCCUCCUCAACAACGGCCGUCUCCUGGAGCCCUCCUCCUCCUCUCCCUCCUUCACCUCCAACAUCAAGCUGGAAGACGGGCCAGGGGAGGUCCAGGCGCUUCACUGCUCCUCACUGGGGAAAUCCAAACCUGAAGAGAGCUCAUCCACCACAGACCCAGAGGAGGAGGCCCAACAAAGCCAUUUAAACCAACAACAGACCUCUGCUGUUCUCCGCAUCUUCACAGACUCCCUACAGAACUAUCUGCUCUCAGGGCCUCAGCAGCAGCAGCAGCAGCAACAUCUGGCUGCAGGUCUGGAGGAUGAGCAGUGUCCGCUGGCAGAGCCCGGCUCAGGGGUGUCUCCUCCGACACACAACCUGGGAGGCUGGGGCUCGCCGACUCCGUCAGAGUCGUACGGCCACCCGUCGUCCACGCUGCCUGAGGAGGAAGAGGAGGAGGAGAACUGCUGUCCACGCUGUCUGGAGUUGGAGCAGGAGGUGCUGUCUCUGCAGCAGGAGAACGAGGAGCUGCGCAACAAGCUGGAGAAUAUCCCAGUUCCCUGUCAAAAUGUUCUCGACUACUUCAAGACUGUUCUUGAGUUUCACAACCAGCUGGUCCAGCCGAUGCCAGAGGAGCAGCUCACUGAGGAAGAAGAGCGGCAAACAGUCUUUGAGGGCAGUAAACAGCUCCUGGAGAACUACCCUCUCUUCAUCUCUAACAAGCAGUGGGACGAAGCCGUCAACUCCUCCAAGAAGGACGGCAGGCGGCUGCUGCGCUACCUGAUUCGCUUCGUCUUCACCACAGACGAGCUCAAGUUCUCCUGCGGUUUGGGCAAAAGGAAGCGUUCAGUCCACUCAGGAGAUCCAGGCCUGGAGAGACGGCCGCUCAACCCCGUCAAAGUCAGCUGCCUCAGAGAGUUCAUCCGGAUGCACUGUGCCUCAAACCCAGACUGGUGGAUGCCCUCCGAGGAGCAGAUCAACAAAGUGUUCAGUGAUGCAGUCGGUCACGCUCGUCAGGGCCGGGCGGUCGGCACGUUCCUGAGCAGCAGCGGCAGCAGCACCAGCAGCCUCUACAUGGACGCCUUUGACGGACACCUGUCACAGGACGAACUGUAUUUAAAAGGCUGCCAGAACGGCCAGUCGGACUGAAGUUAAAGGAGAAGCAAAAGACAAAUGCCUGAAAUGUAGCUGUACAACAACAUAUCCCAAAACACUGACCUUAACCUGUCACUUUACACAGUGAAGAAAACAUUCCAGAGGUUUAUCCUACAGAAUAUAACCACAGUCUCUCUGAACCACUUUCAGUAGUUUGUAGCUUUUUUGCCAUUUUUAUACAGACAGUUAUGUUUCGUUAAAAUUUGACUCUUAAGCUGUUUUAAACUUUUAAAAUUUGAGUCUUCCAUUUGCUACUUUUUCUAUAGUUUCAUGUUUUGAACAGUUACGUCUCUAUCAGUGGAAUAUUUCUGUUUGUUAUGUUGUGUUUUUGGGAUGGAGUUCCAGUUGAGUUUUUUCACAAUUUACUUGCAAACCUUCAGGUCAUCAGGAAGCUAUUUGUGUUCAUGUUACUCAAGCCAGAGACUUAUUAUAUCCAUCACUGACACCACAAGCUAUGGAGGCCCAUUUCCACCAGUGUGAUGAAAACAAAAGAUCCUGUGAGUCAUUAUAAAGAGAAACUCCCUCAAAACGACUUAGUGUCUCUAAAUUAUGAGAAAAAAUUCUCCAAAUAAUGACUUAAUAAUGAGAAACAUUAUUAAAAUGACGAUUUUAAGAUACUGAUUAUUUUGAGAUACCAUGUCAUUAAUUUAGCAAGUUUCACUUUAUUUUGAAACACUAGCAUAUGAUUUUGAUAUCAGUCAUUAUUUGGAGAUACUAACUCAUUUUUGAGAAAAGCAAGUCAUUAUUUUAAGAAAGUCUCUGUUUUGUAGAUACUAACCUAUUAUUCUGAGAAAGUUUGUCAUUAUUUAGAGGUACCACCUCGUUAUUUUUGUGAUACUAUUUUUAUUCUAUUUUAUUUUUUUUAAAGAAAAGUCAUUAUUUUAAAGAUGUUCCUUGAUAUUUAGAGAUAUUAACUCAAUAUUUUUGAGAUACCAAGAAUUUGUCAUUAUUUUGAGAAAGUUUCUCAUUUUUUUGAGAUACUAACUUAUUAUUCUUAAAUACCAAGUCAUUAUUUUGAGAUACCAGGUCAUUAUUUUGAGAAACCAAGUCAUUAUUAUGAGAAACCAAGUCAUUAUUAUGAGAUAUCAAGUCAUUAUUUUUGAGAUACCACAUUGUUAUUUUUGAGAUACCACGUUGUUAUUUUGACAUAGCAAGUCAUUAUUUUGAGAUACCAGGUCAUUAUCUUGACAUACCAAGUCAUUAUUGUGAGAUGUCAAGUCAUUAUUUUGAGAUACCAGGUCAUUGUUUGGAGAUACCAACUCAUUAUUAUAGAAUACCAAGUCAUUAUUUUGAGAUACCAGGUCAUUAUUUGGAGAUACCAAGUCAUUAUUUGGAGAUACCAUGUCAUUAUUAUGGAAUACCAGGUCAUUAUUUUUGAUAUACCAGGUCAUUAUCUUGACAUACCAAGUCAUUAUUAUGAGACAUCAAGUCAUUAUUAUGAGAUGUCACGUCAUUAUUUUGAGAUACUAGGUCAUUAUUUUUUAGAGACUUUCUCAUUAACUUGAGAUACCAAGUCAUUAUUUUGAGAUACCAGGUCAUUAUUCCAGGUCAUUAUUAUGGAAUACCAGGUCAUUAUUUGGACAUACCAAGUCAUUAUUUUGUGAUACCAGGUCAUUAUUUUGAGAUACCAAGUCAUUAUUUGGCGAUACCAGGUCAUUAUUUUGACAUACCAAGUAGUUAUUAUGAGACAUCAAGUCAUUAUUAUGAGAUACCAGGUCAUUAUUUUUUAGAGACUUUCUCAUUAACUUGAGAUACCAAGUCAUUAUUCUGACAUACCAAGUCAUUAUUAUGGGAUACCAAGUCAUUAU